GGGACUUUCAAUGCAAUUACGAAGCAUACAUCAUGAGCCGAAAAUGCAGUACUUUGACGCGUUCAAACCAAGCUCUGCAUCGAGAAGUGGUUGUAUUUUCAGCCAUAUUUUGAAAAUCUUCAGUACCAAUCCAUGUAUAGGUUAAACAUCUCGAUUGAGCCGAUAAAUCAAAAUGGGCGAUGGAUAUCCAAGACCAACGACAACAAGAAGCUCGGCGGGACCCAGAAACAUGCAGUACAAGGAUGAGAACACAUGGCUAGCAGAUGCUGCAGCUGACGGAGACGGCUGGAAGGAUCCAUCAAUCUCAGAGACGGGUCAUAAACCGAUCUCAGAAUGCGGCAAGACUACGAUCGGCUUGUGGUGUAUGAGUCCAGCAUUGUCCUUCUUCGACGCAUUCAACAAAACACGAUCGAUAGUCCUCGCAACCCUGCUCCCAAUGGCAAGAACCGACUUGAAUGACAAGAAGCGAGCUUGGUGUUCGAAUAAAACGAAAAAUUCCAUCAAGCAAUGCUUCAUCGUCUUCAUCUUCGGAUUCGAAAGGAGAUUCGGCGAUGGUCGUCACUGUCACUACUUGAAUGACAAGAAGCGAACCGAUUUGAGGACUUUUCCGAGUGGUUUAUCGAGACUUUGAGACUGGAAGGAGCUUUUAUUGGCCACUAUUUAAAUUAUGAGGCUGCUGCACCCGUGACCAUCUUCGAGACUGUUCCAGGCAACUUUGAGUCAUGCACUAAUACAUCGGAGCUAGGAUCCAUUUUAAAGCAGUCGAUUUCAACGGGAGCUCUCUUAUCUACUUGGCCCAAAACAGAAACUAAUUUUCCAUUUUGGUAUUUCAUUAAUUAAUAGAUACCUUGAGAUGAUCUCAAUCAAUAAAACCUUGAAAUCUUU